UUGGUUGGUCCAUUUGAGGGUCUUCACAAUUUUCCAGCGGAAGGUUAUAAUUUUCUAUUCUCCAGGUCUAACCUGUUUACCGGCCUGUCCGAGAAUCAAAUCUCGUCCAAGUUUGAACCCAAAGGGCUCUCGACUUUCUAGGGUUUCCUGAGAGGAAUUCGGCGACGGAAAUGGCCGAUUCGAGAAUCCUAGGGUUUCUCUGAGACGCCGGCGGCGGUCUCACCUUUUCCGAUGGCGGAAUCAAUCUCCUCCGCAGCAAACUCGGCCAAGGAGGAGGAGCUGGCCGAUCUGGUCCAGCGGUUCAUGGCGUCGCUCGCGGAGCUCUCCGAACGCCUCCCCUUCACCGUCGAUCGUCAGAGACUUCGAUCUAUCACAACACUUGCUGCUUUGGCCAUUGCAUUUGUUUUUGGUUGGAAGCUUUUGAGAGCUCCUACAGAUCAACGAAGAAGGCAACGCAGACACCCUGGCUCACAUGGUCUUCCUAAUGCCGGAACGCCUAUGCCAUCUUCUGAACUUUGCUCAUCCUCUGGGCAUUCAAGAGUGCAAGAUGUAGUUGAUGAGUUCUUCCAGCCAGUGAAGCUCACUUUGGAGCAAGUUGUGAGGCAUAAAUUGAGUGAAGGAAGAAGGGUCACUUGCCAGUUACUUGGUGUAAUUCUUGAGGAAACAGCUCCAGAAGAGCUCCAGAAACAUGCAACUGUGAGGUCAUCUGUGUUGGAAGUGCUUUUGGAGAUUACAAAAUUCUGUGAUGUUUAUCUCAUGGAAAGAAUUCUUGAUGAUGAAAGUGGGGAAAAGGUUCUUUCAGCAUUGAAUGAUGCUGGGGUUUUCACCGCCAAUGGUUUGGUAAGAGAUAAGGUUCUUUUUUGUAGCACGGAGAAUGGGCGCAUUUCGUUUGUUCGACAACUGGAGCCAGAUUGGCAUAUUGAUUCUAAUCCUGAAAUUAUACACCAGUUAGCUAGGUUUAUUAAGUAUCAACUCCAUGUUACGCCAAAUAGACCAGAACGCACAGCUUCUAAUGUGUUCAGCUCUGAGAGUUUGGAGCAGUUCUUUGGAGAUCCAGUUCGAAGGUAAUGCGAGUCCUCGUUAAAACGCCCUGUCAAAUUGUUCUCCAGUACUUUCAAGCUGUGCUGUUGUCUAGCUGCAUAUUAUGUCCACAUUGUUCAUUGGAUGGCUUUCUCCUUUUAUUAUUUAUCAAAACUGUGUUCGGUGUUAUGCGUACAUUUAGCAGCGAGAGGGAUACACUAUGAUGUUGAUCAUGAGCUGGUGCAAUGCUGCACCAACCAUUUUCCAUGGCUUGUAUAAUCGAAGUAACAACAGUGGCUUCUGUUCUAUGUUGUCAAUGCAAAUAGGUCCAUUUAUUGA